AUGGAGAAAAUAAAAAUUCCAUUGUACAAAGUACUUUUAAUGGGAGAUUCUGGUGUUGGAAAAACUUGCAUACUAGACUCAUUUUUGUGUGAUAGUUUUAUUGAAAAUCAUGAUUCAACAAUUGGUGUUGAUUACAAGACAAAAAUAAUUGAGAUCAAAGAAAAAAUAGUUAAGCUUCAAAUAUGGGACACAGCUGGUAAACAAAUAAUUAGAUUUAUGACCAUCACAUCAAGUUAUUUUAAUAAUGUACAUGGAAUAGUACUUGUUUACGAUAUCACAGAUGAAGAAAGUUUUAAAAAUUUAGAUUACUGGUUACGUCUUAUCAAUGAUUGUGCUCGUAAUGAUGUUAAAAAAAUUCUUAUUGGUGCAAAAUGUGAUUUGAAAAAUGAUAGAAGAGUUACGAAAAAAAGAGGUGAACAAUUAGCUGAAAAACAUAAUAUGACAUUUUUAGAAACAUCUUCUAAAUUAGAUAUUAAUAAUGAAGAAGCAUUUUACUUACUUGCAGAAGAUAUUUGCAACAAUACUCAAAACAUUUUGUGUGAGGCAGAUAGCAAAAGUAAAACUUGGAAGUCAUCAUCAGAAUCAAUAGAUGUAAUAUAUCCAUGUGUUUCAUUUAAAUGUUCUAUACUUUAA